AUGCAAUUUAUGAGAUUUUUAUUUGUAAUAACAAUGAUUUACGUGAGUUUUAUAAAUAAUAUUAAUGCAGGAAAAACUCGAUAUUGUUCAACUAAUUUAGGCAAUGCAUUGUCACUUGUUUGUAUGGGUAGAGGAUACAAUGAACCAUCUGACAAAAGUUACUAUGAAUAUAAUGAAAGUUACAGUAUUGGUGCUGCGGAUGAAUGCUGCAGAGAUGGAUGUUCAUAUGAUGAUCUUGAAAAAUAUUGUAAACCACUUGACAGUUCAUCAAAAUAUAAUUUUCGAUUAGCCAUGAUGGAAAAAUUAAAACAAGUGAGUCACGAUAAAAAUGUGAACAAGCCAGAUAAAUUAUUAAAAAUCUCGACAUAA